AUGCUUACGCCUUUUAUGAAUGCUUUACUAGGUUCAGCUACCGGACUGUUUAUGUUUGCAAUUAUCGUCUGUAUCAUUUCCCUGUGUGCAAAAAGACAGGACAAACAGAUUCAGUUGCGGAAGAUUAAAGAAAUUCAACAACGAAAAAUUAAAGAAACAGACUACCGACUUUCAAUAAUUCGACAAGAAUUUGAAGAAAGAAAGUGA